UCUAAAUAAGGAGAGCUUCAUUAAAAUUCUUCUCAAGAAAAUGUAAAAUAGGAGAGAGUUUCUCCAAUUAUGAAUGAAAAUGAGAGAGAAGAAUUAUAUGUUGGGUAAUAGUUAUCAUGGAAUAUGCUAAAGCGGAAGAGAAGAAAAAAAAAAGUCAAGCUGAAAUUUUAAAAGAGUUUUGUUCUGAAGAUCCCAUUAGUAUUUCCUUGUGUGGCAUAUAUAUAGAGGAGGGAUAAGACUGCCUUAUACACAUCUUAUAAUAUAAGUUUUUGAAUCUGAGUAUAAUGGCAUCGGGUUCGAGUUGGACAACAAAGCAAGACAAGCUGUUCGAGAAUGCACUGGCGAUCUUCGACAAGGAUACUCCUGAUCGCUGGCACAAUCUUGCCAGGGCUGUUGGAGGCAAAACUGUUGAUGAAGUCAAGAAGCAUUAUGAGCUUCUUGUUGAAGAUGUAAAGCAAAUAGAGUCUGGUCAAGUUCCCCUCCCCAACUACAAGAAAAUGGGAUACUCAUACAUUGAUGAAGAAGAAAGGCUUAGGAGUCUUAGGCUUCACUGAAGACUGAACAAGAAAUAAGAAGAUCAAUAUGUUGCAACCUAUAUAUAUAUAUAUAUAUUAUAUAUAUGAUGACAAAUACAGUACUGAUAAAUUGAAAAAGAGGCAACACUGGUUACUCAUCUCUCGUUUCUUUUCAGUCCUUAUCAGUAUGUACAAUUAUAUAUUUGGUGUAUCAUAUAUAUAGUUUACUUCCUUCUAGUUCGUACAAUGUAGCAAAGACUGAAUGGUCAUUACAUAUACGUGGCUCCUUCCUAUUUACCUUGUAUUCAGCUCCUAUUUUAAUGGAUUGUACUUACAUAUAUUUAU